AUGCCCCUCAACCCCACCCACCACCGCACAGACUCCCACCCCUCCUACCCCCGCGCCACAAUCCUCCCAAACUCAACCUCGACCAACCUCAACGCAACAACAACCCACAACCCCUACCAAAGCCAACACAACACUCAAUAUCAAAACCAAUCGACCUCAAGUGGCACCGCCUCAAUGUCCGCCUCAAAACAACGCCAAUAUGCACACCUCCAUGCACAACUGGCACAGUUAAACGCGAACUUGGCGGAUACGCAGAAUCUCCUACGGAUGACGGCGGUGCAGGCCGGGGACAUUAGGUUUUUGGGUGGAUACAUGGGGGCGUUGUUUAUGGGAAGUGCUAAGGUUUUGGGAGAGGAGGGGGUUAAGGGGUGUGUUGAUGGUGGGAGUGGGAUUAAGAAGGAGGAGAGCGAGGAGGAUUGA